ACGGCGCGCAUCAUCCCCAGACAUCUAUGCCAAGGGAAACAUGGGUACACUCGAGCACCGUACUAGUACGAGUACAACGGUACUCCUUUCAGGCUCCACCGAAGGAUUUACCGGGUUUAGAAUUUGAACGAUAAAAAUCAAAGAGAUGACCCAACAUUAGGAAGGUUCGAGAUCUACUUUAGUGGAGCAAGCCGUUCUCGCCUUCUUACUUUCUACCCGAGCAUAAGUUAUGAUGAUGAUGCCAGAGUACUACAGUAGUAUAUCGAAGGCAUGAGCCGUGCUACGGGGAUUGAAAAAUGUCCCCAAUAUACAAGUUACCGGUAUCCGAGUAGAAGGGUCCCACAACCAUGACACUGCUCAUCCCGGCCGAAUCCUGGCCGUCCCUCUGGCAACCCAUAUUGUGAACCACGGAACCCCCCCACAGUGCUAUAAUACCGAUACUGCUCGGGUGGGCACCAAGCUCCAAUCACCAAAUAUCCGUCAUCCUCUUCCCCGCGGCCUUCGUGUCCAAUCCUUGCCGUUGCGUUUGUCGUGGCCGACAUUCCGAGGUUCAAUCGUUUACAUCAACUGAAUAAUGGCGUAUGGGAUGGUCUGAUGGCGUUGUUGUCGGGUUGUCGUGCAGACCAAAGACCUUGUCUCUGCGGGUUAUACAAGUAUUGGCACGGUACAGUACCAGCAGAGAAAUGAGAGUCACGCACUGCCGGGAGUCCGCAAUGCCGGUAUCGAGUGGGGCAACUCUGAGUAUGCCCACCCCAUCUACCGGCGGUGGGAUGAACGGUGCAAUACAUUUUCUCCGGUUGCAAUAUCCGGAAGAGUUUUCGAUCAAUGGUCAAAUUAUUAGAAGCUAUAUCACACGGUACAUUUGUGAGGAGACAAGCCAACCUAUCACUACUACCACAGUCGUUGGACCUAAAAGGAAAUUGUCUCGAUGUGAAUUUCCGAGUGACAGCCCAUGUCUUAACCUCCGGGAUUCUUUCAGCAGUGAAAAAAAACAAAAAAACAUCACGUCCCUCUCAUGAGUGAGGAAGCCUCGCACGCUCAAUAAACCGUAGACUGGCGUUGAUUAUAGCUAGCGAAAUGCAGGAAAUCCGAAUCCAAAUCCCCGAACGAAAAUUCCCAACCAGAACAGCCAAGCUUUAUCAUAAUUACACUGUACGAGUACUCGUAUGCAAGGAUGGCUUAAGCGGUUGAGCCGCACAAACCCGCUGAGUGGGGGACAAGGAUGGCCAACCUUGAAUUCCAACCGCAUACGACAGCCAACCCGCCAGCUGUCCUUCAAUAAGCCCCAUAUCCCCCACCCCAACCCUCUCUCCCCAGAAAAAAGGAAAGAAGAAAGAAAACAUCAUCCGAAGUGGGAGACAUGAUGGAUUCCCUUGAGUUUUGGGGAACUCCUUUACUUUUUCUUUCACUUUCGUUUUCCUUGCUCUUGCUGUGUUUGCCGAGCAGGCAUGUUCCACCUGGAAGGGACCAGAAGACGCGAGUUGUGGUUGUGGUGCUUGGAGAUAUUGGGAGGAGUCCUCGUAUGCAAUAUCAUGCUUUAUCAAUUGCACGGAAGGGUGGACUAGUGGAUUUAGUUGGAUACGAUGGUAUUAUGAGCUUCCAUCCGAAUCCAUUCACCGUGUGCUGAAAGGACUUUAGAAUCCGCUCCAAGACCGGAGCUCAUGGACAAUCCCGAUAUCAAAAUGUGCCCGCUGCCCCCGCCUCCAGGGUUCCUUAGAACAGAUACCCCGAUUCAAUUCAUCUUGUUUGCUCCUUUGAAGGCUCUCUUCCAACUUACGUCCAUGGUCUACUUGCUCUGCUACAUCAUCCCACCAUCGGCUGGAUACAUUCUGCUCCAGAACCCGCCGGCUAUACCUACGCUAGCGGUGGCGAAACUUGUCGGAGCUCUACGGGGGAUGAAAAUUGUUAUCGACUGGCAUAACUUCGGUUGGAGCGUCUUGCAGCUCAAGCUCAAAGAGCACCCGAUAGUCUACUUUUGCAAAAUUUACGAGAUGUUUGUCGGAAAGGGCGCAUAUGCAAACUUCACGGUAACGGAUGUUAUGGGUCUAACUUUGAAGAACGAUUGGGGAGUCAAGUAUUACCCUAACCGGAUUCUAGAAACGGGGGAAAAAGGCUGAGCUGACGAUCCUAGAACCCCCAUCAGAACCUUGUACGAUAGACCACCAACUCACUUCUUUCCACUCUCACCCGAAGAACGCGGCGAAUUCCUGGAAUCACACCCGGCAACCGCCCACCAUGCAUCUGCAAUCUCCUCAGGCUCAACCCGCCUUUUAAUCUCCAGCACCUCCUGGACCCCGGACGAAGACUUCAGUCACCUCCUUGGAGCUCUGCUGAUUUACGACCGAUGGGCAUCUAGGGCCAAUUUCCUAAAGCAUGGGUCUGCGCCAUCAAUUCUUGCGGUCAUCACUGGAAAGGGGCAGCUCCGUGACGGGUAUAUGGCUCGUGUAGAGAUGCUUGAAUUCCAGCACGUCACUAUUGAGAGCGUAUGGCUUGAGUCUGAAGACUAUCCCAAGAUGGUUGGAUGUGCGGACCUGGGCGUUAGUUUGCAUACUAGUACCUCUGGGGUGGAUCUUCCGAUGAAGGUUGUUGACUUGUUCGGUGUGGGGGUUCCUGUUGCUGCAUUUGAUUACUUGGCUAUUAGUGAGCUUGUGAAGCAUGAGGUUAAUGGAAUUGUGUUCAGGACUGGGGAGGAAUUGGGAGAAGCGCUGGUUGUAGGUUGCACUUUCUCUUUUGGUCACUAUAAUUGCUAACAGAGGCAGAACUUGUUCGAUCCUGCGUCACCACGGUUGAUGAAGCUGAAGGAGGGGGCUCUGGGAGAGACCGAGAACCGUUGGGAUGAGAAUUGGGAUAAAGUUGCUGCACCGGUGUUUGGGCUCUAA